UCUGUGAGAGUUCUUCAUUAUCUUUAGGUGGAAAAGAAGUGACGUUUGGUGCGCUGAUAUUUUUCAGGUUGAAAAGCACCGUUAAUGUAAAGAAUUAAUAGUUGGCAAAGGUAUCGUUUACGUAAGGGUUACUCGUUAGUGACGAGUUAAGAUGCGUUUAAAAAAUGCUGAAGGCGGCCUUACAACGAAAUUAGAGAAAGUGGGAUGUUCUACCGUAUCAAAAACCUUAUAAAAAUCAAGCUGGGAACAAAUUUGCCAUAGCAGUCAAUUGGGUUUCUACUACCCGGCACAGUCAACACUGCUCUUGUUGAUGAGCUCAGAAGUCCGCGCCGUGAAAGGUUCAUGGGAAGGUGGAAGUAAUGUGGCUCCCACCGGUGACGGCAUGGUGUUUCUGAUUCCGCUUUCUUGCAUUUUUGUGUUUUAUGUGUUGGAUGAUAAUGGACACAGCGGAUAUGUCAGGCAGCGAAAGCACUGGAAUAGAAGUGAUCCUUAAAGAAGGAGAGUUUGGGAAUAACCCAUUUUGUCCUCACGGUCCUACUAUGCUGUUUGUGAAGAUGAGUAAAGGAGAGCAGCAAGGCAGGGCGUUUUAUGCUUGCUCAGCCUGCAGAGACAGGAAAGACUGCAACUUCUUUCAGUGGGAGGAUGAGAAGAUAUCGAAAGACAGGCUUUUAGCCAGAGAAGAAGAAAAUAAAGCAAAGCAACCUCCUUUCACUCACAGCGAUUACUGCUCAAGGUAUUUGCAGUUCAUAUCACUACCGCUGGAACAGAAGAGAUUUUGUCAGGAUUGUCAGUUGCUUUUGCUUCCUGAAGACUGGGCAAAACACACCACUCACAAUAUACUGCCUGACAUUACCACCUCCCAGCUGAGAAGGCCCAGCCAGCUGCUUUGUCCAUUGGAAAAUAAGAAGACUAAUGCACAGUACUUGUUUGCUGAUAGGAGCUGUCAUUUUUUGCUCAAUCUGUUUGCAGCCUUAGGAUUCAGAAAGGUGCUGUGUGUUGGGACACCAAGACUCCAUGAGCUAAUUAAGAUCAGGAACAUGUGCGGAGAUAACCAAAUCAUCAAGAGUCUGCUCCUGGACAUUGAUUUCAGGUAUUCACAGUUUUAUACAGAGGAUGAGUUCUGCCAUUACAACAUGUUCAAUCAUCACUUUUUUAAUGGAAAGGCAGCAGAGGAUGUUUUCAAUUCCUUUUUGAGUGAAGGGGACGGAGCUAAGGUUGUCAUGGUUGCCGACCCACCAUUUGGAGGCCUGGUAAAGCCUUUGGCUUACAGUUUUGCCCUUAUCUCCUCUAAAUGGAAAACUCUGCAGCCCCCAGAUAAGAGAAGCCAAGAGAUGCCCAUGUUCUGGAUAUUUCCUUAUUUCUUUGAGUCUCGCAUCCUUGAAUGUUUUCCAACAUUUUCUAUGCUGGACUAUCAGGUGGACUAUGACAAUCACCCUCUUUAUAAGCAUGGGAAGACUGGUCGGAGGCAGUCUCCAGUUAGGAUGUUCACUAACCUCUGUCCCAAGCUUAUGGCUCUUCCUGCAGAGGAGGGCUACAGAUUCUGUUCCCUUUGCCAACGAUAUGUUUCUUCAGAAAACAAACACUGCCUCACUUGCAAUGCAUGUACAUCCAAGGAUGGCAGGAGUUGGAAACAUUGCUCGUUGUGCAACAAGUGUGUGAAGCCUUCCUGGGUUCAUUGUACCAUCUGUAAUCAGUGCGCUCUUAAGGAUCACCCUUGUGGGAAGCUCACUGUUGGCUGCUUUAUCUGUAAAGGCGCUGACCACAAGCGCAGAGCCUGUCCUAAAGCAUUCAGCUCCAAAGACACCAGACUGGGAAAACAGGCUGCUGGGAAGAAGGCUAAAGUUGGGGCAGAAAAGGAUGUGCCUUGUAAACAAACAGCGGGAGAGAAAAGGGCUGCUGGGAUAAGACUGAAGAAGAGGAGGAAGAAGAAGAGGAAAAUAGCAUGAUUAUUCUUCUUUUCUCUGUGAGCGAACUCACUUAAAGAAGUAGAAGGGAAUUGUCUCACGGGCAGUUUAGUAAAAUGUUUUUAAAGAACAGGUGAAGAGGACUGGCUUUUCAUUUUUUUUUAAUUCAGUAUAUUUAAAAAAAAACAGUGUCAAAAAUAACAUAUCUGAACAACCUACAUGCUGUACAAAAUUCUUUAACAGAAAAUAUGGUAGCUUCAGCACGGGUAAUGAAGAGCAGUAGUUUCAGCCAUUGGUUUGACUCUCUCACAUCUUGGUCUCGUAAAAUUGUAGCUGUUUGACUUAACUAUUUGCGUAUUAACAAUACACUGAGAAAAUGGAACAGCUUUAUAUGUUUCUCUAUUGAAUAUUUAAUUGUGAUUUUAAUGCAUUUUUCAAUUUUUCUUUAAAACUUCAUUAGUCCACUUAUAAAUCCAAAUAUUUUCUAGUUUUCAUCACUCUAAAGACCUCUACCUGCACUAGUUACAAGUGCAAAUCCGAAUGUACUGUGAAGAAAACAAUAGCACAUACAGUACAGUACAUGUGAUCUUCAGGUAGUGUAAUUUGAAAUCAGGGCUGCAAGCUUGGUACAGUCUGUUUCAUUGCAGGGUGGAGAGAGUCCUGACCAGUAUGCUUAAUGUAUUUUUCGGGAGCAUGCAUUGAGUACAGACAUCAUUCACAAAAAAGGAUACAGAGAAAUGUUGUAUUUGUAAUUGGAAACCCUAAGUGCGAUCACAGAAGGCAUAACAUGGAAAUAUUAGUGAUGGAGCAAAAUACUGGUCCAAAAGAACAAAAUGAAGUCCAAAAUAAAGAAAAUAUUAGAGACAAUAGGGAUGUAUGAGAAGACUGUUCCAUUUCUUUCCAGACUUUAUUCAGAGACACUGCACAUUCAUUCAUUAGUCACUUUUGAACUGGUAUUUGGGAAAAUUUA